AUGGCAGAACUUGAAAUUGAAUGGACUAAGAAGUGUAAUCCAUUAUUUAGAGGAAAUACAGCUUUCACAAAGGCAUAUUCAUUGUAUUUAAAAGAAAGUUGUGAAAUAAUUAUUGAAAAUAUUACAAAUAAAUUUAGUGAAGUAAUACAAAGAGUUCAAACUGAUCUAAGUUUAUUAAAUGAAACUGAGCAAGAAUAUGCUAUUUCAACAUAUUGUGGAUUAUUAAAAGAAGCACUUAGUAAUAUUCCUAAAGACUUAUUUUAUAUAUUAAAUGGUAUUUAUUCAUUAACUAAAUUAAAGAGAAAUGAAGAAGAAGCAAGAAAAGCAAUUAACACUCUUCUUUUUAUGAGAUUCCUUUACACACCACUUAUUCAAUCACCGUCUUUAUUUAAAAAAGUACAGACUAUUAUAUCUUCUAUUGUAUUAAAUAAAGAGGUUAAAAUAAUAGAUAAGAAGAUAGAAGGGAUUGAUGAAAUAAUUAAUUCAAUCAUUAAAGGAUGUUAUGUUCUUUCUUCACCACCUAUAUCAAGUUAUGAAGAAGAACUGGAGCUGACAGGAAAAGAAAUGAUGAAAACACUUCAAUUAAACAAAAAGAAGAUAAUAAAAAAGUAUCUUGGAGAUGAUAGGGAUCUUAACUUUAUUAUUCAAACAAGUUCUAAAAAACAAACACAUACUGAAAAUUUUAUCACUCAUUUUAUGAAAUAA